UGCCAUUUCUCUUCUCUCUCUGAAGACAGAGGCGCUAAGAAUCUAUUGAAAAAAAAUGUCUUUGGAUUGAAGUGCUCCUGGUGUUACUGUUAGAGGAGAAUCUGUUGACAGUAAAGUUGUUCCACAGGCUCCUAAUGCCAAGCAACCAGCAGCUCCUCCCACUUCAAUAAACAGUGAAAUAAAAUUGCCAGACACUAAAAGAAAGAAACUAAAUUAAUAAUAAUAAUUUUUGUCGAUAAACCUCACUAAUGAUUACGAGUGAGAAUGACCACGUGGAAGCACGUUGGUCCUAAUUUGGGGGAGUGGCCACUGGAAGAAAUAUGUCUGCUUAUUUAUUCAGAAGAAUAUCUCUAGAUAAAGGCUUGUUGUUUUGUAGGAUUUUUGAGGGCCAUUUAAUGAGCUGCAGCGGGCUAUCAAGAAUUAGACUUUACUGUGACAAGAAAGGGAAUGAAGACAAACCAAAAGUAUUCAAAAAACCUGUCCCCAGAGAUAAACUUGAUAUUCGGUUCAGUCGUAGCAGUGGUCCAGGUGGCCAGAAUGUAAAUAAGUUAAGCACUAAAGCAGAAGUAAGGUUUAAUGUACAAGAGGCUGACUGGCUCCCUGAUAGAGUGAAGGAACGUCUCAAAGAAAUGUUUGGGACUAAAAUCAAUAAACUUGGUGAGAUAAUAGUAACGUCGCAAGUUUACAGAACGCAGUAUCAAAAUUUAGAGGACGCCAUCAAAAAAUUAACCAAAAUAUUGGAGGAAGCUUCAGAACUUCCCAACGAACCAUCAGAAGCAAAGUUAGCAAGAAUUAGAAAACUAAAAAGACAAGGUAAUGCAAGGAGACUGAGUGAAAAGAAAUAUAACUCUUUCUUAAAAAAUCAGAAGAAACUUUAUUAACUUUCAUUCCUUCAGUUUAACUUUAUUUUAAUAAUUAUAAUAUAUAUAUAUAUACAUGUAUGCAUAACACAAAAAAUAAUAUACAAGAUUGGGAAAAAUUUAGUGUUUUCAUUACAUAUCAAACGUCCUA